AUGCUCACCUUUCCUGACUCCACACACAUCUCACCGCCUAUUCCGCAACAUCCAAUGCGCGUAUCGACAUCCACAAAAUGCAAGCUUUCUUACUUUCCGGCAGUCCUCUUCCUGAAUGGUCCUCCACUCUUCGUAGUCAUAAAACUACCGAUUGGUAUGACCGCACUUUUCCCGCGCCUCUCCAUUGAGGACAUCUGCAACCCCCGCGCCCCGCGCUCUCCCUCCUUUCGGGGUAACGCCACCAUUCUAACAUCUCUCGUACUCUCUCAGCUUUGGCAUGUUUUACGUCUGGUCUCUCUGCCUAUGCCCUUCUUCCAGAAGAUCUGGUCCAUCGUGGGUGAUUUCCUUCAGCGUGGCAUCUUCUCUCCGAUUCCUUUGGAUACUUUCUGCCUUCUACGCCUGCAAGGUGAAUUUGGUAUCAUCGAUCCUAAGCCUAUUGUCUGCGCUCCUUGUUCUCCGCCUGGUUCGGUGCCGCGCUGGAUGUCCGGCUUGCUACAGGCGUCACUCCCUUCUCUUUCUCCCCUCUUCCUCCUUCUAUUUCCAAGAAUGUGUCCUUCUGGACGGCGGGAUCUUACCUCCCUUCUGCACUCAGUCUUCGCUGGCAUCGACCGUCUGCCGCACAACUUUGAUGUUGUCGUAUCCCUGUCUCUCACGCGACGCUUUCCCCUAUCCUGGAAAGAUCUCUUGAUUUCCCAAAUCUAUGCCUUUGACUCUGCCCUGGCGUUGCUACGGUCAAUCUUUAUCCCCAGCCGCAAUUGGCGCUCUCGUGUUAUUAACAAGUUCCUUGGUCGAGUUCAACUCAGCACCCUCUAUUGCAUCCGAUCAUCGUUUGUGCUUGUUGCUCUCCUCGUGAAUUUGCCGAGAAAUAUCCGUCCUUACCAAUUCGAGGUGACACCUCCAUUGACUUGUUCCCUUUCUCCCAUGCGUUUGUACCUUCUCAAACUUGGGCACAACUUUCCACCCGCACUUUCUGCGGGCUGUAUUCCCACCAUAUCGUCCGUACUAGCUAUCCUGAUUCCCCUCUUAGCUCUCGUCAUUGGCGCAAAUUUUGGUCUUUUCCUCUUCCCUUUGUGGCUCGCAACAUUUGGUUCCGUAGCCUUCCCGACAAGAUUUCCUGUCGAGCCCUUCUUCACUCUUUGCUUCCGCUCGUUUUUCCGUCUCCUACCCACUCUAUUUGCUCUCUCUCCCCCGACUCUCAAGACCACUUCUUCUUCACUUGUUCUCUCAAAAACGCGGUGUGGAUCGGCAUGUGUGGAAUUAUUUAGUACAAUACCUACCCCAACCGCACUACACAACGCUUUUCACUUCUUCUCUUUUCCCUCUUUCUUGAACUCGUCCAUUCCCCCUUCUGCUGUCUUUGGAUGCACUCUUCUUGCUAUAUGGCCUCAUUACUGGACUUCCAUCUUUGACGACUCACCAUUUGUUCCUUCUGCUGUUGUUGGUACGGUUCGCAAGACCUUAACCCACAUGUGCCAAGAGUUGGUCCUCAAUCCUCUCCUUUAA